GGCGGAGGUGACGUCACAGUGACGGUUUGUUUCCCGCCUCCUCAGAGCCGUGACUCCGCCCCAUCGCAUCUCUGAGAGCCUGGAGAGAGUAGACGGAGCCCGCAGCCUGACUCACCGACAUCUCGCGCUAAGUAACGGCACUGACUGACUGACUGACUGAGCUGAGCGGCCCGAGAUCACUCGUCUUCCACAAUGAAUCCUGUGUACAGCCCUGUGCAACCAGGGGCUCCUUAUGGCAACCCGAAAAAUAUGGCCUACGCAGGUUACCCUGCUGGAUACCCUACAGCUGCUCCUGCCUACAACCCAAACAUGUAUGCCACCAGCAGUCAAGGCUAUGCCCCAGCGACCCUUCUGAUGAAACAAGCAUGGCCACAGACUUCCUCCUCCUGUACCAACGAGGGCACCUUUCAUCUCCCUGUGGACACUGGGGCAGAUAACAGAACUUACCAAGCGUCAUCCGCUGCUUUCAGGUACACAGCAGGGACUCCAUACAAGGUCCCCCCUGCCCAGAGUAAUAGCGCACCUCCACCCUACUCCCCUUCCCCAAACCCAUACCAGACUGCCAUGUAUCCAAUCAGAAGUGCCUACCCACAGCAGAACCUGUACGCCCAGGGCGCCUACUAUACACAGCCCGUCUAUGCGGCGCAGCCUCACGUCAUCCACCACACUACAGUGGUCCAACCGAACAGCAUUCCCUCGGCUAUCUACCCAGCACCUGUAGCUGCACCAAGGACUAACGGCGUUGCCAUGGGGAUGGUGGCUGGAACCACAAUGGCUAUGUCAGCAGGUACAUUGCUGACUACACCUCAGCACACCGCUUUAGGAGCACAUGCAGUCUCUGUGCCAACUUACAGAGCUCAAGGAGCCCCCACGUACAGCUACGUACCUCCCCACUGGUAAACUCCCCGGCUUAUCCAUGUCUGGAGUCAAACAUUGUAUGCAAUUGCUCAAGUCUUACAUCGGUGCUGGGGGGGCGACUGUACAUCAGCACCAAAUUUGUUUGCAAGAUCAAAACAAGGAAACACACAAGUGCAAGGGUCACUUUAUUAUUCUUUAGUGUUUUUGUAAAAGCUGCUUUUUACAACCUUACACUUUUUUUUGUUUUUAAAGCAUAUUUUUUAUUUCUCCUGUUCCAUGCUGAUGUUGUUUGCAAUCUCUACGCAUGGAGUUUGCCAGUUCUGUGUUGUCCCUUCCAGCCCUAUAGCAGUGAUUCUCUGAUCUCUGCUUCUCAGUUGUCCUAAAUUUACUUUUUAUUCAUGUUGUUAUUUUUUUUCUGUGAGUUGCGGGAAGCCAGCUCCGAGAUGACACCCAUUUGCAACGCAGAACCUUUUCUUUUACCAUUUGCAUAAUGUUACGGAUUUAGCGGGGUAGCAGGUCACAAAUGGUGUCUUCCAAAUUGCCGGCAAAUGGAACGUGUCAGAAAUAGUAUUAGGAGGAUGUAGUGCAUGCUUUGUCUUUUGGUACAACUUGCAAUCAAUUAAAGGCUGCUACACUGCUCAGAGAGGUUCUGAAGCAUCCACAAAUUCUGUCGCUGGUUUCUGUAAAAGCACAAUUCACCUGUGAGUGAGGUGUCCUGAUCCGAUUACCUUCCAGCUCUUUAUAGGUAGGUCCUUCCACCGCUAACACUCCAGUCUCUCCAUUAGAAUUGCAGGAGAUCCUCAGGGAUCGUUAUUGGGCUGUGAAGUCCACAGUCAUAUCUACACUAUAUACACUACUUUGCGACCAUGUAAAUAUAUAGGGAAUAAUGGAACCCCCUGUCAGAAUCAUUAAGGAGUUCCGCUUAGCUUGUAGGACAAGUUUUUCUAUGCAGGCCAUGGAACUCCAAGGUGCAUAAUUGACAGGGGGUACAUUAUUUUUGUAUAAUACAAGUACUGGUGAGAAACGGGGCUCAGGUUACGUCACAAUCCCAAGCCCCAUUUAUAAUGAUAUAAUAUACAGGAUAUUCAUGAUUCUUGUGUGUUGUAUAAGCGUAUGUUACACACGGAGUAACCUUUGUAUUACACGGCUGAUUACAGAGGCAUAUCUUUUAUUAAAGGGACACUAUCUUCCUUUUAGUAGUAGGACCCUAAUGGCUGCCUCGCAGAAUAUGGGGCAGGAUUAGUGGUCCUAUUAUUAAAAAUAUAACAAAUAUAAUUGCUUUACGUCCCAGGGUGGUGUUAAAGGGGAACACUAUCAUUGAAUGCAGUCAUGUAUUUUAUUCUGCUGCUCCAGGGUCCAGUCUUUAUUUAAAGAAUAAAUCAUUUGACUGCAGGGAUACCUGUGUAAUAAGAGAACAAAGGGAUUCCAGACCACUGACUUUUUCUGGAGUGACAGUGAACUGGAAUCAGAUGACUGGAAGAAAGUAGACCGAAAAAACAGCUUCCCCCCCCCAAUUGUUACUCUCAAUGGCCCAAUCACGUGCAUUGUUCUGGUGCUAGUGUCCCUUUAAUAAAGGGUUCUCUGUUUAAUCCUUUCUUUUUAUAUAUGAAGAAAUUUGAUUUUACUGCAUUUUCCUCUAUAAAAAAAAGAAAUAAUUUCUGAUACUUAAAACAAAGAUAGCUGGCUUCUUAGUCUUAUUUUAAAGGUUUUUUUUGCUGUUGGUAUAAUCAUAAACUUUUUUUUUUUAAUCAACAGCAAAAACUAUGGUG